GGCGCCCAAAGCGAGGCUAGGGUAGAGAAGCCGAUCGAGCAGGAGACGUCCGCUUGUGGUGGAGGCGGCUGGGAGCUGGCAAGAGGGUGAGCGGGCGAGAAGGCGAGCGAGAAGGCAGAACAGGCAGCAGGGAGCGUCGCGCCCCUUCGAGGAACGCCGGGUCGGGUAGCGGCAGACCUACAGCCUGAGAGAGCUGCCUGAGCUGGCCGCCGGGGGUCCCCACCCCCACCCAGCCGGUCGGUGCCCGGUGUUUCCCCGUGCGGGAGGCGGCGGCUGCGGCUGACUGGACCCGACGGGACCGCGGGCGUGUUGCCACCUCCGCCGAGGAGCCGGUGCGGCCGCGGGCCUCUCAGAGCCAGGGUGCGGGGCCCUGACAGACGGGCCGGAGAAGGGAGCGAGGCGGCGGCGCAGGCGACGGGGAGGCGGCGGCAGCAGCGACACCAUGUCAUCUCCCAGUCCGGGCAAGAGGCGGAUGGACACGGACGUGGUCAAGCUCAUUGAGAGUAAGCAUGAAGUUACAAUCCUGGGAGGACUCAAUGAAUUUGUAGUGAAGUUCUAUGGACCACAAGGAACACCAUAUGAAGGUGGAGUAUGGAAAGUUAGAGUGGAUCUCCCUGAUAAAUACCCUUUCAAAUCUCCAUCUAUAGGAUUCAUGAAUAAAAUUUUCCAUCCCAACAUUGAUGAAGCGUCUGGAACUGUGUGUCUAGAUGUGAUUAAUCAAACCUGGACAGCUCUCUAUGAUCUUACCAAUAUAUUUGAGUCCUUCUUGCCCCAGCUGUUGGCCUACCCUAACCCCAUAGAUCCUCUCAAUGGUGACGCAGCAGCUAUGUACCUCCACCGACCAGAAGAAUACAAGCAGAAAAUUAAAGAGUACAUCCAGAAGUAUGCAACAGAGGAGGCCCUGAAGGAGCAGGAAGAGGGUACUGGAGACAGUUCUUCAGAGAGUUCUAUGUCUGACUUUUCGGAAGAUGAAGCCCAGGACAUGGAGUUGUAGUAGAAAAAGCACCUGCUUUUCAGAAAGACUAUUAUUUCCUAACCAUGAGAAGCAGACUAUAAUAUUCAUAUUUAAACAAAGCAAUUUUUUUUAUUACUAAACAAGGUUUUUAUGAAUAAUAGCAUUGAUAUAUAUAUAUUAUAUAUCACCCUUUAGAUCUUGAUUUCUUGGUCAUUUCUCAACCUGAGGUGCAUAGCAUAUUCCCACAUUCCAUUUUGGUAGCAAUAUGCGGUCCGAAUGCAUGCAUUCAUAAGUCCAUCUGGCCAAGGCAUCCUGUGUGCUACUGAAUGUCACAUAGCCACUCUGAUAGGUAGAUAUGAGUAAAACUAACAGGAAAAGUUGCUUCUUUUGAUUGAUGGUUCCAAAGAAACAAACCAAACCAACCAGCUCUUGGAUGUGAAGAUAGAAUAGUGCUUUUUCAAAUUGGAAAGGAAAAAAUUGGGGAGGAAGAGGCCUGCUUUGGAAGCAUGUAGAGCCAGCCACGUACAAAGCAGCGGCCUUCCCGUGAGUCCUAGGUGGGCCCAUUGUGUGGAGUAUCAAUGUAAAGUAGGAAGCUAAUUGGAAAAUUGAGAAAACAUUUUUGACUGGAUUUAAGUACAUUUUUAUAUGUAGAUUCCUGCCCUUCACGCUACCAGACCUGCAGCCACCACAAUGUGCAUUGGAGAACCUCUUGGAAGUAUUUUUGGGACAACCUGAUUCUUUUUCUUGGGGUACAGCUUGUGAUCCAGACUUUUUUUUUUUUUUUUUCUUUGAGAGGACAGGAGGAGAAAAGUGACUGGAAGAUAUUUCCUCUCAUCAAAAACACACGCAAAGCCCCAUCCUAAUUCUAGUGUUGGGCCAGCCCAAGACUGCAGCCUGGACUAAAUCAAACUGAAGGGGGUUUUGGUUUUGGUUUUUUUUCAGUUUGUGUGAAUUAUGCUUAGACAGGUUACAGGUGUCAUCUUCACAUGCUACAAGAUGUCUCCUCCCUGGACAAGCCUUUCAGUGGACCACUAGAUGUGAGAAGACCGGCCUGUUGGCUUCCAGGCCCAGGGCACUCCUUCAUGUCGGGUUUUCAGCAGCCUGGUCACCGUCUGCCUGUGGGGAGUGGGAUGUAGGUAUUUCACACCCAAAGCAGAUUCUCAAUUUGAAAACAACUGGAACAAAUAAAAGUUCAUAUACACAAAGUGGCUCAACAUGAGAAAACCAGCUUUCUUCAGAGAGUGACUGGCUAGAAAAGAGGUAUUGGGGAACGUGAUGUAGGGGGAUAGCUAGUGAAGGACGCUUCCUGUCCUGUGUGUUAAGAGCAAGUCAAUCUGUUUAAAAUGCCUGUCAAUCCAGUAUUUGCUCAGCUGACCUUACAUCCAGGCUGCUGUGGAAUUUCUUUCAAAUCGGAAUGUUACCUGCUGAAUCUGGAGAGGGAUUUGGAGAAGUUUUAAAUAGCAGCUCUGUAUAUUGCCCCCUCCCAACCAACAGGACAGUAGCAGAUUAGCCAAUCCUAAAACCUUCUAAAGAUAACUUCUGAAUGUUUCCCUGGAAUUUUUUUUUAAUGUAUUUUUAGUUUAGAAGUGCUGUAUUCCAUAAGAUGUAAGUCAGUGAGGUUGGAAGAUACCUAAUUUUUUUUUUAACUCAAAAAGCACAAUCAAUCUUUUCUUAGAAAAAGUAUGACUUGCUUUUGGCAUGAUUAUUUUCCUAAAUAAAAGACAAAGAAUUUACUUAUAUUAAUUACGGGCACGAAGCAAGAGGUUUUCUUUUUUUAAAAGUGCAGUUCUGUAAGGCUGUGGUUAGUUAACUGUACCAAGUUAGCGCUAGCAUUCGUGGCUCGUUGGAAGGGUAGUAUUAACUGUAACAUGUAAUGAAUGGUGUACUUUGACCUAGCGCGCUGUCUUCGUGCUUUGGGGGUGGGAGGGGCUCUGCUGGCGCUGUCCGACCUGCUUCCCUGCCGCAUUCACAGUCUGCUUGUGCUGUAACCUUUAUUGUUAGGUGCUACUUAGGGUAGGCUUGAAGUGCUGGGUGGUGAUUUGAGUUCAAACAAUAAAAUAUUGUAUUUUUUCAAUAUUGUAUAAACAAUAGUGUUCUAAUUACCCCCCUAAAAAAAAAAAGUCCAGAUAAUUGCUUUUGACCUUGUCUAGAAAGAGUAGGGAAGGUCUGUGAAGAGUGGUGCAGCACUGCCCAACGGGACCCCACUUUCCUCCCAUGCAAAGCCCUUCACUUGCCCUCUUUCCAGAGCCCCAGCGACACUGGCUGAGGUACUGGCGCCCACAUGAAAAUUGGGCUUAACCCCCAGGUGAAGUGUGGCUGCUGAGUGCAUGUGGUGCAGGUGUUAGCAGCUUUUCUGUUAGCACCUGGAACUCCUGGGCUUGGUGCCCGGGUCACACCCUUCCCUCCUCUUCUGCGCAGGUCUCCUGGGCACUGACCCUGACUCGCCGCUUGUUGGGCUCUUCGGGACUUUUCCCUUUGUAGGUUGAACAGGAUUCUUUUAAACACCAUCUGUCCCUGGCUCCUGGGCAAGGUUGGGAGAGGCUGAACUCCCAGGCUCGGGGGAGCAGAGGCCUGGUUGAGACUCUGGGCCCCUGUGGUCUGCAGCAAGAGGUGAUUGACACCAAGGUCUUUCUGUGCUGUUAGUGUGUCCCUUUUUCACAGGCCUUCUGAGCUCUGGAGAGGCAAACUCAGUCUCAGGUGGCGAUGGGAGGUCAGAGCUGCUGCUGGCGGUUUUCCUGGCCUUAGUGUCCAGCAUUUUUGAAAUACUACCUUGUAGUUUACCAGCACAAGCCCUGCCGUGCUCCCAUUCCAACACCUGAGCUUCAGCUCUUGCCAAACACUGACAAACAAGGUGGCUGCAGCUAGCAUCCCUAGUGGCCUGGAAAAGCUCAUCACUGGGCCCAGUGGGCAGCAGUGGUGUCUUGGCUUCUUUGCAAUCAGUCUUGCCACCCUCCAAGACUGAGGUUGCUCUGCAGUUUGAGCCCGCAUUUUAUACCAGUGAGAGAACAGUCAGAAGUUGCCAUACAAUCUCUCCGUUACUAAAGUUUUUGUCCACUUCAGAAGCUGUUCUGCUUGCCAACCAGCUGACCCGGGGGCCUCAGGAGCCCCCACCCACUGCUCCCUGCAGUCCUCCUUGGUCUUGGCCUAAUGCUUGUUUUUUCCUCGGCCUCCUACUGGAAUGGCUGAGACUCCUGGCAGAGCAGUCCUCCACCAGCCUCCGUGGCUCCGGUUUCCUGACCCUGGAGCUAGUGCUUGGUUUUCAGUGGCAUGUCCCCCCUCACACACACCAUGAAAGCCAUUUAUAAAUGAUAGCAGGGGUUUUACAUCAUCUAUUUCCUAACUGGGUUCACAUCCUUGUUGAGGGAAAUCACGUCAGUUCUGUUUGGGUACAGGAGCUGCAUUUCUUGGGCUUCUGAAUCCAUGUUCCCACUUUCUCGCAGCCCCAGCAGGCCAUGUGGAGCAGUGGUUGAGGUGUGUAGCUUUCUCCUCCUGAGGAAGAGCUCUUCAUUAAGCAAAUACUUGGCUGUGGGUGUGGGAAGAAAUGGCCGUUAUUUGCUGAUUGUAUUUGGUACAUACUAUGUGAUACUUGAAAAGAUCCAAGGGACUUAUCAGCCCUGAAUUGAAAUCUUAAGCCUUUUAUUGCUUACCUUUUCCUUGCCCCAUCUCCCCCCUUCCACCUUUUCCCUUGCAUUGUGAUGAUCUAGUGGGCACGUCUGUCACCAGGACAAAUGCCACCUCUGACUAUAACCUCUUAAUAGUUGUGUAUAAUGAAAACUGUAAACUUUUUUAAAUAAAAUGUAUAUACCUUG